AGCAGCCAGUUCUUCAUCUUCUUCUCUGAAGUCUGAAGAUAAAAAAAGGAAAAACAGUCUUCCAAGUCAGAAAGAAAAAGUGAAAGCAGAAGAUGCUUUGCAAGUGCGCCUCGUGAGUGCUAGGUAGAGAGAAGUUGCAAAGAAAGAAAUAUAAUCCACACUAGGAAGGCAAAAUUCAGAAAGAUCGAUCAAGCAAAAUAUGGCUUCUCUGACCACUAAAGCAGCAGCUAGUUCUUCAUCUUCUUCUCUCCCACUUUCUUCUACUGAUCACCAAAAUCAUUACACAUACGAGGUCUUCCUGAGUUUUCGAGGCGAGGAUACGCGUUCUAAUUUUACAGAUCAUCUGCACAGCCUUUUGUGUGACAGGGGAAUUGAGACCUUCAUAGAUGAUGAGCUCAAAAGAGGAGAAGAAAUAUCAUCGGCUCUUGUCAAAGCAAUUGAGGAGUCAAGAGUUUCAAUCAUCGUCUUCUCUCAAAAUUAUGCUUCCUCAAGGUGGUGCUUAGAUGAACUGGUCAAGAUACUUGAAUGCAGAAAAUCCAAAGGACAGGAGGUAAGAGCGGUUUUCUACAAGGUGGAUCCCUCAGACGUACGACACCAAAGAGGUGCUUUCGGUGACGCAUUUGCUAUGCUUGAUCAAUGCAAAUACAAAGACAGCAUGGACAAAUGGAAGGCAGCUCUCAGGGAAGCAGCAGAUUUGUCUGGAUGGCCUUUCAAGGAUGGCGAGUCCGAGGCUAAAUUUAUCAGGAAGAUUAUUGGUGAGUUGUCCGCCCGAGUAGUAAACCCUUCAUGUGAGUUGCACGUUACAGAACAUCCAAUUGGAUUAGAGUCUUGUAGACAAGAUGUCAAUAGUCUUUUACAUGCCGAGGAAAAUAUUGUUCGCAUGGUAGGCAUAUGGGGGCCUGGUGGAAUAGGAAAGACCACAAUUGCGAAAGAUGUGUUUAAUUCAAUUCGCCAUAAGUUUGCAUGUAGUUGUUUCUUGGCAAAUGUUAGAUCAAAUGCCCUAAUCCAACUGCAAGAGAAACUUUUGUCUCAUAUUUUAAGGGACUCAACUUUGGAGGUGAUCAGUAGCAUUGAUCAAGGAGUUAGUUUGAUAAGGACAAGGAUGCAAAAUAAAAAAGUUCUUUUAAUCCUUGAUGACGUGAGUCAUUCUAGCCAAUUACAAAACUUAGUUCCAUCCCCUGAUUGUUUUGGGCCGGGCAGUAGAAUUCUCAUAACAACAAGAGAUAAACGUUGGCUAAUUGCUCAUCAAGUUGAUGAAGUAUACGAGGUCAAGAUGUUAAAUGAUCAUCAAGCUUUGAACUUAUUUAGUUUGAAUGCAUUCAAAAGAAAUGGACCUCCAGGCAAUUAUCUGAAACUUGCACAACGUGCAGUACGCUAUGCCCAAGGAUUGCCAUUAGCUUUGAUAGUUUUAGGCUCUCAUCUAUUUCGUAGAAGCCGAGAGGAGUGGGAAGCUACAUUAGAUAGUUGUAGGGGAGAAGAUCCCCACAGAGAGAUAAGAGACGUGCUCAAAAUAAGUUAUGAUGCUUUGGGAGUAGAUUUAAAAGGAUAUUUUCUUGAUAUCGCUUGUUUCUUUAAGGGUAAGCAUGUAGACGAUGUGAAACCAAUACUAGAAGCUUGCUACGACCUCAAACCAGUGAAUGGUAUUGCACAACUCCAAGAAAAGGCCUUAAUAAAAAUUGAUGGAGAUAGGAUUUGGAUGCAUGACUUGAUAGAAGAAAUGGGUAAAGACAUAGUGUAUCAAGAAUCACCUGGCGAGGCCGGGAAACGCAGCAGAGUGUGGAGUGAAGAAGAUAUCAUCCACGUUCUAACAAAUAAUACAGGAACAAAUAAAGUUAUAGGCAUUCAGAACUCGUGGUGGUUCUCUACGAUAUCUUUGAAUGCUAAAAGCUUCUCAAAGAUGAAGAAUCUUAGAUAUAUUUCUAUGGGCGAGAACCUGAAAUAUAAAUCAUUUUCUGGAGACAUUGAUUAUCUCUCAAACCAGUUGAGGUGGCUCGAUUGGCCUAAUAAUCCGUUGCAGUCUUUUCCAUCCGAUUUUCAUGCAAACAAACUUGUAAAGCUCAAUAUUCCUCACAGCUGCGGAAUCACACAACUAUGGGAGGAACGUAAGAAUUUUCCAAUUUUAACAUCUAUGGAUUUAAGAGGCUGUAAAUCCCUGAAAGACCUCCCACACUUCACCGGAAUACCCAACUUAAUAGAGCUGAAGUUAGAUGGUUGUGAAAGUUUAGUUAAGGCUGCUCUAACCUUGUUAAGUUACCAACCGAAAUUAACUUCAAAUCUCUCCAUGAUUUGUAUCUGA